GGCAAAGUCAGAAAUACCAAUCCCAAUCUCAGUAACGCAGAAGCAGCAUGAAACAGUUGACUACCGCCUUGACUUGAUUUCUCCGUGUGGACAAACACAUUAGCAGCACAAUGAGGCUCAUCUGCUGCUGCGUUGCUUUGCUGCUGCUCAUCUUCAUACCCAGUCCGUGUCUAGGAGGCAACAUCUUGGUCUUUCCUAGUGAGGGCAGCCACUGGAUAAACAUGGAUGUUCUAAUCCAAGCUUUGCACUCAAGAGGACACAAUAUAACCAUUGUGCGUUCCAGUAAAAGCUGGUACAUCAAGGAUAAGUCCUCUUAUUACAAUACCUUCACAGUUCAAGUCGAGAGGACCUUAGAUCAAACAUUUAUUUCAAAACUUGUAUCUAACGCCAUAAAAUCUGAAAGGGAGGCGCUUCCUUUGAUGAGUUUUCUCCACAUGAAUGUAGGAAUGAUUGGCACACUUGUUGACGCUCACAAAUUGGUGGGUGACUAUGUAUCUGCAAUGUUCGAUGAUCACGAGUUGAUGAGAAACAUGAAGGACAGUAAGUUUGAUCUUGUACUCGCUGACCCCUGCUGGGGUGGUGGAGUCAUAUUGGCCAAAUAUUUGAACCUUCCCUUGGUUUAUAAUGUUCGCUGGCAAAUAGCUGGAGAAGGUCAUCUUUCUAUUGCUCCUUCACCUCUGUCAUAUAUUCCUAUCACAAGAUCUGGUUACACUGAUAAGAUGAUGUUUUUGGAGAGAGUUAAAAACAUGGUUUUAUAUCUAAUAACCCAAAUGCGGCAUACUAUAGUGAUUAAGCAGGUAUACCAGAAAAUAUGUGACAAAUAUCUUGGGCCAGAUAAUGACUUUAAUCAGUUAAACAUUAACGCGGAUCUGUGGCUCAUGAGAGUAGAUUUUGUGUUUGAAUAUCCACGUCCCACCAUGCCUAAUGUUAUCUAUAUAGGAGGGUUCCAGUGUAAACCUGCAAAACCUCUGCCUCAACACCUGGAGGAGUUUGUCCAGAGUUCAGGGGAACAUGGAGUCAUCAUAAUGUCUCUGGGGACUUUUGUGAAUGAUCUUCCAGCGGACCUAGCAAACAAAAUAGCUGCAGCUUUUGCCACAUUACCUCAGAAAGUCAUCUGGAGGCAUAAAGGUGACAGACCAGCUGCUCUGGGCAACAACACUAUAGUAGUUGACUGGAUGCCACAGAAUGACCUUUUAGGACAUCCCAAAAUUAAACUAUUUGUGGCUCAUGGAGGAACAAACGGUGUUCAAGAAACAAUUUAUCAUGGAGUGCCAGUUGUAGGCAUACCAUUGGUUUUUGACCAAUAUGACAACCUGCUGCGUCUGAAAGACAGGGGAGCAGCUAAGAUUCUAUCCAUUAGCACAGUGGACAAAGACAACAACUUCUUGAAUGCCAUACUGGAAGUACUGAAUGAGCCCUCCUACAGGAUUAACAUGCAGAGACUCUCCAUGCUGCACAGAGAUCAGCCAGUGAAGCCGAUGGAUAACGCCCUCUUCUGGAUAGAGUUUGUCAUGAGACACAAAGGAGCAGCUCACUUGAAAGCACAGUCCUACAGACUGCCCUGGUAUUCCUACCACUCUGUAGAUGUGUUUUUGUUCUUGGCUGUAGUUAUGCUUCUUGUGCUUUCAACAUUUUUUAUCUUGAUUAGGUGUCUAUACACUACAAUGUGCAAACAAAAAGUGAAACGUGAGUAAUCAUUCAAAGGGUAUAUAUUUUGUUCAAUAUCAAGUUGGGUUUUACUCAUUUUGGACAGUCCACCAGCUGUCAACUCAAUAUUCUUCUUACACGGCUACUAAAACAGUCUUUUGCAGCAGUUGGCCCAAACAUAUUGACAAUUUUUAACAGUUCUCUAGCCACAGGCACAGUUCCAUCUUGUUUUUAACAUGCCAUAGUUCAACCACUCCUUAAGGAGCCUGGUCUUGACCCUGCUAUUCUGAAUGAUUUAAGGCCAAUGUCGAAGGGCGCUUUCACACCAACAGUUGGUGUGCACUAAACAGUCCAUUCAGACCAAAAGCUCUUAGUUUGGUUCGUUUUUGUUGGUGUGAAAGCAUCAAUCGCACUCGGGUGCGCACUAAAUCAAGCGGACCCGAGACCUCCAA